AGAAUUAACUAUGGAAAUGCUUAAUCAGGAAAAAAUAUUUAUUGCAUCACUUAUUAUUUUCCUCCACAAUAUUUCACAUAAAAAUUCCUAUUUCUCUUUUUUUUUUUUUUUAAUCAAAAGUCCUCUUUCUCAUCAUUCAAAAAUCCAUUUCUCAAAAACCAUGUCACUUUAGAUCAAAAACCUUAGAUAAUUGGUAGAUUUUAAUUGAAGCCCGGCACAAGGGUCUAAUUGAUAGAGAAGGAACUCCCCAAAACACCUAAAUACUUCACAGUACCAUCUCUUUCAUAUUUCUUUAUCUCCAAACAAAGAAAGAAGAUGACUCAAAAUGUUGAGAUGGCAGAGGAAGCUCCUUAUUCGAAUUCCGUUACAUCUGCUUCCCCUUCUGUAUUCUACCAUAAAUUUGAAGGAGAUAUCUUCAUUGAUUGAGACUGGGGCAUAUGCUCAUAAAGUGAGGAGGAUUUCGAGAGCUGUGAGGCUGACUAUGGUACUCAGGAAGAAGCUACAGGCUUCUUUACUAUUUGCUUUCCUCUAUUUUGUUCUACUACCUAUAUCCAAGCUGCAUUCCCGACUAUCUUCCUUCCUACCCAAGCUUAUUGGGAACACACUGAUGGUUUACCUUAACUCCAUUGUUAAGGGCUGUGUUGAAAAUAUUGCUGCUAAACUUGAGAUUAUGGAGCCAUGUUUCAGUUGUAAGGAUAGGAUAGGGUUUAGUAUGAUAUCUGAUGCUGAGGAAAAGGGACUUAUAUCUCCAGGAAAGCUGACACAAGAUCUGACGAAGAACAAUCUGAGCUUCAUCUUCUAAUGGAUCUGCAGAGCUUCAUCCCAAAUUUUUCUUUCUUUCAUAGUUGCAUUAGUUAAUAAUUACUCUAUUCUAUCGACAUUAAAUUUUCAACAAGGAAAAGAAAAAACUAGAGUACUAA